AUGCCAUGUGCGCGCGCCUUACGACCAGGUACGUGGGAAGGGAGGGGGGCGCCCGGGCGGUCGGACGUCCCACGACUGACGGCGACGGCGGCGACGCACGAGGUACAGGCAGUAGCUCAGAUGUACCUCGUACGUAUACGAACACCCAACGGCAAGCCUGGCGGUGGCUGUCAUCAUCAGCGUGUGUAG